AUGAACGAGAAUGAUGCUGUCGGAGACUUCAUACGCUCAGCGGAAGCCCUUUCUACAUCGGUCGAAGACCUCAGCGAGGGCGACAGAUCGCGAGUUCUUCUAAAGCUUUACGAGCUCACGAUGAAUGUCGAAUCUCCUUGGGAGACGUUUGUGAGACUCUUCUUGAGCGAACCGGCUGUCCUAGCAUCAGUCAAGAUACUGCAGGAUCUCAAUAUCUUUAAGAAAUGGAAGGUUGAUGGAAGCAGAGCCAUGACUUGCACUCAGCUAACGGGCCUCGCGGAGGGGUCCUGCGAUGCCGCUUUACUUUGUGACUUAUCCCGUCUCGGGUACCUUGUAGCAGUAUCUCAUAUUCUCCCAGAUCGACUCCUCCGCCUACUGGUCUCGAAUAACAUCGUAGAGAUGACUUCAGACAAGACCUACAAGCCCACGAGAUUCUGUGACCAGCUUGCGGACUCGAACUUUAGCACCACCGCUAAAUUCUACUACGACCACACAGUCCCAAUGUUCACCCACAUGCCCAUCUUCUUCCGCGAAACAUCCUACAGAAGCCCCCGCAGCGCCCGCAAAACAGUCUUUGACUCAGCCCACGGCUGGCAAGGCGGCCUCUUCGCCUAUCUCGAAGCCCACCCCGAACAAAGCGAGGCCUUCAACACACUCCAGCGGACGACGACGCUCAACAGGGCCAGGUGGACGUCCAUCUUCCCCAGCCACACCCUCUUGGACAGCGGCUCCGGCGACGACGACCCGGGCUCGCCGCUGCUGGUGUAUAUCGGUGGCAGCGCGGGACAGGAUCUGCAGGCCUUUUAUGAACUGCAUCCGGAGACGGCGUCGAGGUUGUAUUUGGAAGAUUUGCCAUCUGUUCUGGCGGAUGACAAGACGAAUUUGCUGAAGGGGAUCCAUAAGGUGGCGUAUGAUUUCUACACACCUCAGCCGAUUAAGCAUGCCCGCGCAUACUACAUGCACCACAUCCUCCACGACUGGCCCGACAAACAAGCCUGCAGAAUCCUCGAGAUGCAAAAAACCGCCCUGAAGCCCGGUUACAGCAGGAUCCUGAUCCACGACCAAAUCAUGGACGACGACGUGCGGGCCGUCCACCCGCACGCCGCCGUCUUCGACAUCAGCAUGAUGGCGUUUGGCGCCGCCGGGGAGCGCACGGAGAAGGAGUGGAGGGCGCUGAUCGAGUCGGUUGGGCUGAGGGUUGUUAAGAUUUGGAGGGUGCCGGGUGCGGUGCAGGGGGUUAUCGAGGUUGGGUUGCGGGAAGGAUCGAGGCUUUGA